AUGGUGUGGGGUGUGAAGAAUGUGAAGCCUCUUCUGUGUCACUGCUGCUGCAAUAUGGAGUUAAACAUGCUGGCUCCUCUUCUUCCACAUCUUCAUGAUCUGACUGAUCACAACCAGGUUUCAUAUGCAGUGAUGUCUGGACUGCAGAUCAUCUCAUUCAUUAUCAUCAUCAGCUCUGUGUUACUACAAACUCACUCAGCUGAUGAUGAUGAGGACUCAGCUGUACUUCCACACACAGUAACAGCUCUGACAGACUCUUGUGUGCUGAUACCCUGCACAUUCAAUAUCAGUACAUUUGAGAAAAAAUUACAGAACACAAAACAGAUUUAUGGGAUUUGGCUGAAAAAGAGACACAAAGACUUUAGUAAUGACAAGAGUUCAGUAGUGUUUAACAGCAGACAAAACAUCAUUCAAGGAUUCAGACACAUAGAGAUGAUUGGAAACCUCACUGAGAGAAACUGCAGCACUGUCUUCUAUAACAUCAUGAUGAAUCAUUCAGACCCGUAUUACUUCAGAAUAGAAAUGGAGCCAGAUGUGUUCAAAGCAACAUUUAACACCAAUCCAAAUAAUGCAAGUGAUUCAAGCAAGACUGUGAGGAUCAAUGUCAUAGAUUCACCACAACCUCCCGAGCUUAUAUUCAGUCCAAAUGUGUCAAAAUCUGUGAUGGAGGGCACUGCAGUGAAUCUGAUCUGCUCUGUUGAAGCUCCCUGCCCCAAACAACCUCCUACAUUAUCCUGGACUAACAUCCCCAAAUCUGCCAUCAUAACAACACAGUUACAGGAGAAACCUGAUAAAACUCAUUCAGUGUUUUCCUCAAUGACCUUCAAUGCUUCAUACAUGGAUCACAGGAUGAACAUCUCCUGCACUGCAACAUAUCCAAGAAACAUCUUGAAUAACACAACUGUGAACAGCACAGUAAUGCUGCGAGUUCUGUUUUCUCCAAAAGAGACUCAUAUCAUAAUUGAACCAUCUGCUUCAGUCACUGUGGGCACUAAUGUAACUUUCACCUGCCAAGGCAAAGGAAGUCCAUCAAUAAACAUGACGUACACCUGGUACAAACGUGGACAGAAGACACCUUUAGCACAGGAAAAGAAGAUGAGCUUCAUUGUAACUCAUAAUAAUACAGGAUGGUAUUUCUGCACAGCACUGAAUAAACUUGGCAACCAAUCAUCAGAGGAGAUUGAACUGUUAAUCCCAGUCUCUGCUCCUGGUGGGAUGAAUUAG